AUGCAUAAGACAUGGCGUGCCAAUGCUCAAAUGCUCGAUCUUGCCAUUGGUGGUCAUCCAUGGCCAACAAAAGACCAAAUUAUUGAUCGACUUACAAUGGCCAUCAAUGAACUGACUUCCUGUCGCGAGGUUCUAUCAGGUACAAAAUCAGAUCAUAUUGGUUACUAUGACGAAAGCAAACAAAAAAUUGGCAACUAUGGAAUGUCUUCAUCUGCAAACGAUAAUAAAAAUUAA